AAUUAUGUAUAUGUUAAAUAUAACUCAAAACUUAAGAUUUCCUCUCGAGUGGAGUUUACCAAUUUGAAAUGUACGUCAAUGGACAAAGAAUUUGCCGGAAUUGGAGAGUGCCUUUUAAAGUCUAUAAAUCGUACCUACAAAUAUAUUUCCUUGAGGUUGAACCUGUACAAGACUCCCAUUACCAAGAUCAAGAUUAAUUACGGAAUGUACAAACGGUUAAGUGGUUACAAGCCUUUUCUUUACAAUCAAUCGGUAGAUGCUUGCCGUUUUAUUGAUAAUCAAAAAUCUAAUCCUGUUGCCAAGUAUCUUUAUGGAUUUAUUGAACGCUUCUCAAACUUAAACCAUUCCUGUCCAUAUAAUCACGAUUUGAUUUUGGAUAAACUUUCUGCUGAGUCUGCAAAUUACCGAUUUACAGAAGUUCUGCCCUUCCCGGAAGGUGAUUACAUGAUUGAGGGGCAUUGGAUUCUGAAUGGAAAAUUUUGCGCGCUGUAUCAGGUAUACUUUUCUCUCACAUAA